GGGGGGAGUGGUCUCUACUCACAGACUAGCAGAAAGUCCCGAGAUCCCAUGACUGGCUGGGUGCGAACUUCAGGCAAGAGCCAAGAGGAUCAGGAAAAGGCCUCCAAUGGACAGGCCUGAGAUCAUCCGAACCACUUCGCACCACAGGCAGGAAGAAGAAUAGGAGCCCGUGCCCAAGUUCAAAGCCAUCGCAGCAGGAAUGGGGGCGGCCAUCGUUAGCUACGGCGCCGCUGACACCUUUGCACAAGGAGACAGCAACUUUGCGGAGGAUGUCGUGGACCUCAUGCAUUCUGCGUACACCUCCAAGGUGGCCAUUUCCGGCAUCGCUUCCUUGGAGCGACAUGCCGAACACACAGUGGCGCUCCCUCGGCACUUGGCGCGAGGGCGUGGUCCUGUGGUGCGGAUGUUUUGCCAUUCUUUGGGCUACUUCUUUGCUGUCGGGGGCGUCUGGAGGAUGUCUUGCUGAUUGCCUUCGGCGGCCUCACCCGGAACCUGCCCUCCAUGUGGGCAGGUCGGUUGAUCCACCACAUCAUCCAGACCUGUGCGAACACACCGUGCAUCUUCCGGACCAGCCCGUCAGAAGCACUUGCCUUGCGCUCGGUGCUGUGCAUUGCCUAUUUUGCAGAGUUCUCGAAUAUUUUCCUGCGCUUGAGCAACCUUCUGCGGAGAAGGAAGAGCCCAGGACGUGUCCUUCAAGCCAUGAACCUCGCGCUUCUGGGCUCCUUUGCCGUAAGCCGCCUGGGCAACUUCUUCUUUGCGGUGCGCAUCUUCUGGCAGGCCAGAAGCCACAUCCAUCCACAGAUCUUCAAGAUGUUAACGAGCAUUCAGGUCUCUGGCUACCUUUUGAACCUACUUUGGUUCUUCAAAAUUGCCAAAAUUGCGAUGAAACCAGCCCAGAAGUUGGCUUAACAAUCACAGAUUCAAA